AUGGCGACUCCGUACAGUAUCAAGGUCCCGGUUACCAAUACGGGAUUGUGGAAGUUCAAGCAGCAAGAUGCCUCUGCGAAUAAGGUGUCUGAGCUCCUCCAAGAGGAUCUCGAGAAACAUCAUGUCUUCUUCAAUCAAGAUGGAUUUCACAACCAUAUUCCCCACCAUCUCCUAGCUCUCUAUGGCACCGGCGCCGACCCAGAGGCCCUUCAACUGGCUUGGAAAGAAAACCAAAACUACCAGAGACCAGCCAAGAACCCCAACAACGGCAUCCCAGACGAACUCCACGACUGGGAGAAGGCGAAGCAGUACCUCGGCAAGGAGAAGCACUACCCAGACUUCCUCCUCUUCUUCCAGCUUGAGAUCGAGAAGAAGGGCUGGGAGGACGUCCUGAACGAGUACAUGUUCAAAGGCGAUGAACGCGCCAACGACAUGUUCCAGCGCAUGUACGCCGGCUUCCUCCACCCCAUCAUCCAGCUCAUGUACGGCGUCGAGUGGGAACAGCCCGCCAUCGUCGCCGAGGCCCUGGCCGAGGCCUCGGUGCACAAGAACCAGCUCGGCGCUUUCUUCGACGACGCGGAGAAGCGUGGCGAGUCCGCCAAGACGCCGAUGCCGCCCUUCAUGGAACUGGUCGAGGAGAUCAGGGGGAACGAGAAGUUGGUGAAUGCUGUGCAGAUGAAGGAUCCGAAUAAGGUCUACGACGGCAUCCUGAAGCGUGCGCCGGAGGAGAUGUUGGAGAUUGCGGGCAAGGUUAAGGUAUCGCCUGAAGAGCUGGAGGAGAGGACGGCGGAGAUGUUCCACGCGAAUGUCUUUGUUGCUGGUACUGCGGCGUUGAAGCCUGGUAAGGAGACCAGAUGGGAUUUCUUCUUGAUCCACCACGUGAACGCAUCACCGAUCUUUCUAACCUUUAACUCCAUGCCCUGGAUCUCCACGGAAAACAAGAUCCGUCUGCUCGAGUACAAGAUCCGGUUGGAUCUAGUCCAGUACGCCGCGCGCGGCAGCCCCCAGAUGCGCGCCGACGCCAUCAAGUCUUACAGGCCGAAGGACAAGGACCGGAACAAGCAGCUGGUUUCCAAGCCUACAGACCUUCUGCAGAGGUUUCACAGGAUCCCCGACGACGGGCACACCAUCAAAGUAGUACGGGCCCUCGGCAUCUGCCAGGAGUUGUCUGCCAAGUACGGUGACAAGCCCUGGAUAAAGAUUAAGAACGACGACGAGUGGGUGAAGCUGCACUACUCCGUGCUGGACGGGUCGGAUCAUUCAGGGGUGAAAUGGGUCCGUACGACUGGUCUGGAAGAGGCAUGGAAAGUAAGUGAUUUCCUCAUCGGCAUUGCUCAACCCUCUUGUAACACUCGUCCAGGAUAUACCAUCUCGUGA